GACAUUUUGAAACUAAAACAGACUCGUAUCCUGACACUAUACAAGAUGGCAGAUUCUGAUGUGACUCUUGAAACUCAAAACAAUACAGAUGAGUUAUUAGGUGACUCUGAAAAUGCUAAUGAACCUGUGCAGGAGAAUGAUGCUAAUGAAACCAAUAUAGAAGAUGCCUUAGCUGAUGCUGAGAUAGCUAUUGCAUGUGAAGCUGGAGAUGACCAUAUCAGUGAUGCAGAGGAGCUGAAAAUGGAAAAAGAAGAUGAUGAUGAAGAGGAGGAAGAAGAUGAUGAUUUGAACAAGGAUCAAAAUGUUGAUCCUAAUGUAAUGCCGCAAGUUAAUGUGGCACUUCUAGGCACUCGUAACUGGCAGAUAAAAGUGUACCCACUUAAGGCUGGAGAUUUUGUCAGUGGUCAAAUAUCAAAAGUGUUCAAAAAUGCCAGAGAAAGCUUGCUAUACAUUGUCUGUCAAGGUAAAAAUGCUAGAGGAAAAGGAGAGAUGUAUGUAUCAACUGCAAGACAAGCUAUCAAGGUUGUUCACAACCUCAUGAAACUUGAUUUCCUUUUUCCUGAAGUUAAUAUUGAAAUCAUCAAAAAGAAUAAUGAUGGGACUACUGAACAAAAAGCCUUUUUAAGAUUCGACACAAAGCUGGUUAGGAUGUUGUGUACUCCAUCUCUUCCAAGAAGAAGCAGUAAAAAACUAAGAAGCAGAGUAAUAGGUUCGGUUUUUGUGAAAAACCUGCCUACUAACACCACAAAAGAUAUGCUCCGGGUCUUGUUCCCGUUUGCAGCAGAAGUGAACUUCAACCCAGACAAAUUUAAAGAUGGAACUGCACGUUUGGUCCUUGAGAACAGGAGCUAUGUCUUUCCUUGUUUAAAGGCUUUUGCCAAAGUGGAAUUAGGAGGAAAUGUGCUAGAGCUUCAUCCCCUUGAGAAAAAAAGAGAGCACAGUGAAAGUGACAAAAUAUCCUACAGUGACGAUGAGAAGAAGCCUACCAUUACUACAGAGCCAGAGGCUCAGACAAAGCCAGCAGAUGAAACAUCAGCUGGAAGUGAAAAUAACGCAGGCCAGGAAGUGAAUAACACAACAGGCAAUGAGGAAGAGAAUGUAUCCACUGGAAAUCAAGAAACAAAACCUAGCAUUACUCCCACCAAGCCAGGUGAAAAUAAAAAGCCUUUUGUUCCAAGAGAUGGUCAAAGAGGUCGCGGGCGUGGCAAUUUUAAUCCUCGAAGGAGGACUAGGCCUCCUGGUGAUUCAGGACCUAAAAUGCCAUUUUACAAACCUGAUAUCCGACGUCCAGGACCUCCUAAUCGUGGAAGACCAAACAGAAAUGACAACAGGAGAGGGGGCUUUGUUAGAGAUGGACCUGUUAGGAGCCCCAGAAGACCAAAUCAAAAUAGAGGAAACUUCGCGGGGGGAAAUUAUAACAGAAAUGCAGGAAACUUUAAUUCUAGAAAUAACAAUUCUGGUGGGAGAUUUGGUGGUGGAGUUAGUGGAGGCAACUUUGGUCGCAACAAUCGACCAAACAGAAGGUACAAUGACAGAAGUUUUGGUAAUACAGGAGCUGCUGGACCCUCAGGUGACAUGGGUGUGAAUGUUGAGGCAACAAAAGAAAUGAUGCUGCUACAGAAUCAGCUGAGUAUGGCAAUCAAAAACCAAAUAGCUAUGCUAAACCAGACCCAGUUGGCUGUGGAACAAGCCAAGAGAGGGGCAGGAAGCUUGGGACUAGCUGCUGAUGUCCUCCCUGGGAGUUCCUCAUUGGAUGAUUCCAACAGGAGUUACAACAAAAGGAGGUCCACUCAAGCUGGCUUUGGUUCUGACUACUCUGAUGAUGGGUAUGGUGGUAAGAGACAGCGCACUUGGGGAGAAGAGAGUGCUGAUUACUAUUUGCUUCAGCAACAGCAGCAGCAACAACAGCAACAACAACUUCCAUUAGAUUACACCUCAGACAGACAUUUAGAAGAUGCUGGGUCAUGUUUUGGUACCAGUUACAAUUCCAGGAGUUUGAGUCAGACAAAUUUUGGCUAUGAUACAUCCAACUAUGGCUACCGGUACUGAAGUCAAUUAUAACUGUUGUAAUAUAGCUGUUGUUACUUUUUAUAUUUAAAAAAAAUUUGUAAUUAUUUUUUUGGCUAAGUUGGUAUUUUUAUAGGGCUUGAAAAAUUAAUACAAAUUAGAAUUGGCUUUUUAAAAUUAGUAUUUGCAUAAGCUGUUUUUUUUAAAUACUUCUUUUCACUUUUUAUAUUGUAUUUAUGUAAAUUAUUUUUUUAGGCUUUUUAUUUUUUUAAAAUGCAUCAUGGGUGUUCCUACAAAAACAAAUUAUUUACUUUUAUCUUAAAACUUAAUGUCACCUUUUUGCUGAGUUUCCUUGUUUGAAUGAGUGUCACAGACCAAAUAAUGUCUUUAGGAUAAAGAGUGUAGUCUAAACAAUUGUAUGAGAACUAUGAUCUGUUGAUAUUUUGUAUGAUUAAAAGUACUUUCAGUA